GCGCGCUUUCCUGCGGGAGGGCCUGCUGGACUUAACGCCGACGGCCUCCGCGGGGUGGAAUGGACGCCGCUCCUGAGCACCCUCUGCCCCUGAUCUGUAUCCAGAGUUUCUUCCAGCCACGGCUUGGCGAGACAGGUUGUGACAGAAAUAAAGUUUACAGAAGUCGUGUUCCUGCGAUAAGAAAUAAAGAUGUGACCUUGCAGUUGUGUAAAGCUCUUAAAUGCUGUGUAAGUGUGUCGGGUGCGCUAAGGAACCUGGAGCUAAAUGGGCUAGUUCUUAGAGAGAGCGACUUAACUAUGUUAACAAAGGGAUGGAAUAAAUUGGCCACUUGGGUGCACCUGUGUCUUGCGAAUUGUCCACUUGGAGACGGAGGUUUAGAAAUUAUUUGUCAAGGUGUAAAGAACUCUACCACUCUUAAGACAGUAAACUUCACGGGAUGUAAUCUGACAUGGCAGGGAGCAGAUCACAUGGCCAAGAUCUUAAAGUAUCAGACUACCAGAAGGCAUGAAGAAACCUGGGCUGAGAGUCUUCGUUCCAGGAGACCUGAUCUUGACUGUAUGGCUGGUUUGAGGCGCAUCACUCUGAACUGCAACACGCUCAUUGGUGACCUGGGUGCAAGUGCUUUGGCAGAAUCUCUUAGUGAGGAUUUAUGGCUUAGAGAAGUACAAAAGCUGAAAAUGUUCUGAAGUUGGAGCAUAAACUGGGGGCUGGAAUAACAGACCUGUGAGAGCCCUCCAUCAUGACAGGAUGCUUAGAAUACAGAGGAAGUCAGUGGAGUCCCCACAGGACAGAUGGAAAAGAUAAUCCUUUAGAGAAACAAACCUCAGAGAACUGAUGCCUUAAGAGACUUUGGACAGCCUCCUGGCCCUCUGGAAGACCUGGGCACUGAGGAUGGAGAAUCAGCCUGCAGCCAUGAGUUGGGAAAAAAGUUCAGAAAAGGAGAAGAGGAAGGACAACAGCACAACCUGUAAUCAUGACAAUGGUGAAGAUGCUUACAAGUGAAAUCUUGGCAUUGGCUUUUCUGAUAUUAAUUGUAUUUUUUUUGAAAACCAUUCUUGUAGAAGAGUCUUAUUAGAAAGUAAUUUCAUAACAUGAGUUCCUGUUAGUACUGCAUUCACAGACCUCAGCAUGUUAUCUGAGUAGCUUGGGGUCUGCUAAAGUUUAGGUGUUGCUAUUCCAGACCAGAUAGUCUACAUGAGCCCUUAAACUAGGAAUUCAGAAUGAAGAAAUUAUUUGAGAAUAGUAGAAUUAUAUAGUUAAUAAAUUGUGUGUAGCUUUAACUAAACAAUUAGAGUUGAUAUUUCAGCCUUUUACAAUGAGCAUGUACAGUCAUCCCUCAUUAGGUUAUUGGAAUAAUGAUUACAUAAACCUGUAUGUUAGUUAUUCUCCAUUUGCUGAACACUUCCUAUCCAGCUGUAGAGCUGGAAGCAUCAAAUAGAAGAAGAUGAGAUAACCCAGCAAUUAGGUGCCACAGGAAAUAGGCACCACCCCUAGGGCUGGGAGAAGCUAAAGAGGCAAAGAGAGGCUACUGCCUCAGAACAGGAACUUGGAGGAGAUUCCUCCAGAACAAGAAGUUAAAAAGACAGAGGUAGAAGGAAGAGAAAAAGAGCAAGAAAGAAUUAUAGUUUCUCCCCAUCUCCCAUCUACUAAUCAUCUACCAGUAUCUCCUCUUGGUGAAACUAAAUAGAAAACCAUUGGUAAAGAAUCUGAGAACUACAUUUUGUAAAUUCCCACAACAGAUUACAAAAAAGUAUCAAAGGAUAAUUGGGGGACUGAAAGAGAACAGGUAAAUAUCCAGCACCCCUCACCAAAGGGCCCCAAGAAAGAAGUCACCCUGUCUCUGUGAUGUCUCCAAUUUCUCUAUCUCCAUAGUUUCUUCCUUUCACAGAUACAAGGCAAUGACCAAGGAGGUGUCUUUCCUCACUUACAGCAAAUAUCACUGUCCCAGAAGAAAUCCUUUUAACAUUAAUAAUCCUUUAACCUCCUCCUGCCCACAACAUUUGGAUUAUCUAUAUAUCCUAUGUGUAAUCAAAAAUCAUUUUAUAAAUCAUAGAGGGUGUGAGGACUGGGGCACUUUUGUAAUAGCAUAAAGCAUUUAAGCAUUUUUUUUUUAUUUUUCAUGUUAAUCAAAUAUAUAAGCAUGCAAAGGAGAUUUACAAUAAUAAGGUCUGUAGGGGAAUUGGGGAAAAAAUUCUGACCCUGAUUCCUUCCAUACUACCGGACCCAUUCUUCUAUAGUUUUUAUCCCAGUUUACAGCAUCACCAUUGAGCAAGAAAGAAACAUGGGAAUCAUAUUUACCUUUACUUUCAUAUCUUUUCAGGCAUCGAAUGCUGUGGAAUUUUCUUCCUGAAUAUUUUUCAAACAUGUUUCAUCACCAUAUCUACUACACAUUAGACAUUCAUUCUUUCUUGCCUAGACAAAUACAACAGUUUUCUCAAGUGAUAUUUGACUUUGUUUUCCUACCUUCCUCACUCCCACUUCCAGAAGGGAGCCUGAUUCUUUUGAUUCAACCAGUUGAAGUAGGCAUCUCACCCAGCCACUCUUAUUGGUCUAAGGGUGGGCCCCUGCCUAAGAUGAACCAGGCUCUCCCCUAGGUUUGGACCACUUCUCUCUUGCUUCUAUUGAAUGGGAAUAAGAAAGCAUGUUGACCCAUUUACUUCUGGGCAUCAUUUUAUAACCAUGAGGAUGCACAACAUUAGAAGAAAGUUAAUACUUUGCACAGAAGAUUGGAGAGACAGAACAAUUGAUAUUUUUCUUUGAACUAGUGACUCCAUCGACCGUGGAGACUUUGCUAUGUCUAGCCUUCCUGUUUUGUGAGAUAGUAAAUUUUCUCAUUAAAUGAAUUGGAGCUUUCUCUUACUUAUAGCCAAGAGAAUCCUAAGUGGUUUGUUUAAUUGUCAUCUUCUAAUAUUUUCUAAUAAUUGUCAUCGUCCUAAUAUUAAUUGUCAUCUUCUAAUAAUGUAGAUUUAUACUUCUAAAGGUCAUUUUUACUACUUCUAACCUGAAAGAUCCCUGCUGAUUAAAAAGUUUUGUCAUAGUCAGUGUUUGGAAUACCAGUCUGUACUGUAUAGGGAAGGGGAAAGUGAGGUGGGAGAGUGAAGGAUUUUCUCAAAAGAGUGGGGGAGUGUGGGAGAGAAUGACCAAUAAAUAUUUCUCAUACAUAAGGAAACAGAAACUCAAACAGAUGUGAAUACUCUAGUUAACAUGACCUAUUGGGAAAGUUCCUUGGGUUGUUUUCAACCCAUAAUCUUACCUGGGUCACUAGAAACUAUAAUGUUUUCAAACAGUUGGCCGGAGGUCAGGACAAAUUCUGCAAUCAUACAGUUGAGUGAAGUUAAUGUAAUGAUGGGAAAUUAAUAUUUAUCUCAUUAAAUUAGCACCAUCUUAUGAGCUAGUAGGGUAACUUGGCAAUAACUAGAAUUUCACCAUCAAGAUAAGAUUUACUCUCUGAGCCAGACUGACCUCUGAUCAUGGAAGAGUAUUUUAUGGCAUGAAACAAAUGAGAAUAUCUUGCCUCUUUUUCACCUAAUCUCUACAUUCCAGAAUUAUUUCAACCUAGAUUUUUUUCCUGCCUGUGACAUCUUCUUCUUCCAACACAGAAAAAUAUUCUUAUUGAUAUGAUUCACCCUGAGAGAUUCAGUUUGAUCAUUUAAGACCUUUCUCUUCCUUGUUUUGAAUAAAGACUAGAAAAGC